AUGGCACAGUUUUCGUUGACAAUAGAUAUUGGGUUUCUGCGAGAGCUGCAAGACCUUCCUCAAACUCACAAGGGCUACUUGCUGGGUGGGCUGGUGUGGUUUGCUGUGCCAUUCUCUUUGGCAACAUCUCUGGGUCUAGGAGCACUUGCCCUUGAUCUACCAAUAACGGAUAGCAAGGCUAGCCAUGGACUAGUUCCUCCUGCUACUGCUAUAGCUUUUAUGGGGAAGGGAGGAUCCAUACUUCUCACUAUGCUUUUUAUCUAUAUAAAUCCAGAUGCAAGUGGGAAAGAAAUCCUUACAGUUUCAAGGGGUGUUGAUUCCCUUAUGCUUCUGUGGAGGAAAGCGAAUGCAAUAGGUGCCAAUCUUGGAGCAAUCAUCGGAUGUGUUCUUGGGAUUAUAACUUGGUUAGUAGUUACGAAGACAGAGUAUGGUCGGAUAAAUCUUGACACAACUGGGCGAAAUGCACCAAUGCUUGCUGGUGAAUUCAGUUUAGGCUACUUCACAUUCUGGACAGUUAUUGCUAUAGCAUGGGGUACUAUUGGAUCGACAGGGAUUAUUGCUUUGCCAUUGAUGGAAAGCUGGGAUACCAAUCAAAGUGUCUGCCUAGGGAUGUUAACAAAUGACAGGCUCAUGGAAAAGGAGGAGGAGAUGAACAUCAAGCUACAUACAAUCAUUUUGGCUGUGCCUGAAGCACAAAGAAUUUACUUGCUCGAGAAAGAAAAGGCCAGGAAAAAGGAAGAAUCUGAGCACCUAACUUUGCCUUCAAUUUUUGCCCAUGCAUUUGCCUUCAAUCUGAUCCAUUUUACCGGACUUCCACAAGAGAAGUUUUGA